AUGAAAGCCAUUCAAAUCAAGGAUUUCAACGCACCCUAUACCGUCUUCGAUGUUGACAAGCCAAAGCCCAAACCCCAUCAGCUACUCAUCCAGAUCAAGGCGGGCGAGUUCUGUCACACUGAUUGUAUGGCCCUUGAAAAUGCUUUUGGCUCAAAACUACCGUUCAUUGGGUCACAUGAACCAGCUAGUGUUGUUGUGGAAGUCGGAUCUGAGGCUCGAGGGUUUGCGGAGGGUGAUCGAGUAGGAUGUCUCAACUUUGACAGCUGCUGCGAAGCUUGGAGGCCCAUAUACUGCGAUAAUCCACUUAUGGAAGGCAUCACGACGGAUGGGGCAUGGGCGGAAUACAUGGCAGCCGACGCUCGAUUUACUGUGAAACCCACAGACUUAGUUGAAUUUUCCACUGCAGCCUGUAUGAUGUGUGCCGGCAUCACCGUGUAUGGAGGUAUCAAGAAAGCUCAAGUUCCAUCUGGUAGCUCGAUUGGUAUUGUGGACAUUGGUGGUCUUGGCCAUAUCGAGACGCAGGUUGCCAAAGCAAUGGGAUAUCAAGUGGCUGCGAUUGAUGUGAAGCAAGAUGCCCUAGACCUUGUCGCAUCUUACCAUCUGAAACCCGACAUCUGCAUUCUAUCCACCGAUCCAGCUGAAACUUCCCCGGAGAAGAUCGCCAAUUUUAUAAACGGCGACUGCCCUGGCCUCGACGCCACAAUAGACGCAACUGAUGCUCCCGCUGCUUUUGAUCUCGCAGCCAAGUUGACGCGUAAGCACGGAACUAUGGUUCUUCUGGGCCAGCCUGAGAAGGGCAUUACUUUAUCUUAUCAGAACGUCAUCUUUCGUGAUAUUAAGCUGAUCGGCUCUCUUAUUGUGGAUGCCAAUGAAACUGAGGAGCUCUUGGAACUAGUCGUGAAGCAUAAUAUCCAGGUCAAGAUCAAGGAAUGGAAGCUUGAAGAUGCUGAGAAGAUGAGACAAGACUAUUUGGCUGGUAGGAACAGCGGUAAGAAUGUCAUAGUAUUCUAGCCAAUCUUGUAGGAUUUGUUGGU